AUGAUAAACCUGCCCGUCUAUUCGGCCACUCUAGCGCCGCAAUUUAACCUAGACAAUGACAAUGCCGUCAGCGCGAUUAACAUAACCAUCAAGGUUUAUACUUCAGCUGCCAAGGCCGGGCAGCCCCUCGUGAUGUUGCCCCUGAAUGUGGGAACGACGCCGACACUGCGGUAUGACGGGGAAGCUCUGAGCGCAUCCGACGCUGCGGGUCCCUUGGCCCUGACAAUUCGGGACACGGCCGAGGCGAAUUCAGAGCGGUACUGGUGCCCGGCGCGGAACCCGCAAGGGGAGAUCGUGCUGAGGUGCACCGCCGUGCCACGCGAGACGGACGCUAAGACUCCCAGCGGGCCGCGUAUCGAUCUGCGGAUGGAUCAGGGUGGCGUUAUUGGUCUUGGAAGCGGGUUCCUCCCGUAUCCGGCCGGGACGGACAAGUGGGAGUUCCGGAUCGACUGGCAAGUGCCUGUCUCGGCCCCGGCCGGAACGCAGGUGGUGUGCUCGCUUGGCGACGGGCUCUGCAGCCGAGACACUGGGUCGCCAGAUAACGUCCUCGCUACUGCCGUUUUCGCUGUGGGGCCGCUACAGCGCUAUCCAGCGUGGGAGACGACACAAGGGAACCAGGCGAGCAGCCAACGAUUUGGGAUGUACUGGAUGGGCACGCUUCCAUAUAACGUUAACCGUCUUGGCCCGCUUGUGGAUUCCAUUUUCCGAUCGAUCGCGGGGUUCUUCGGCGACAACAGCGAACCUUUUCGCGUAUUCAUCAGAAAAGUGUGGACGGGUCAUGGCGGUACUGGUGGCUACAGGUCAUUUCUCCUGGAAUAUUACGACGGUGUAACGGACGAGCAAACGGAGGAUAGUUUGAUAGACCUUCUCGCGCACGAAACUGUCCACGAGUACCCCCUGAUGAUUCCCGAGCGCAAUGAGGAUGUCUGGUACAAUGAAGGUGUCGCAAACUAUUAUGGAGUCAUUGCGCCGUAUGUGGGCGGUGCAGUGGACAGGAAGUACCUCGUCAAGGCGCUGAAUGACCAGGCCCAAGCCUACUACACAUCGACAACCGUCAAUUUGUCUUACCAAUAUGUCUUGGACCAUUAUUGGGAUGAUUUUUCUGUCACCAAGACACCUUACAAUCGCGGGUUCAUCUUUCUAGCCCAACAGCAGGGCCGCAUCAACCGGGCAACGGGUGGUCGUAAGAGCAUCGACGAUAUCGUGCGGGUUCUCUACCAAUACCGGUUCCGAGGCCAGGAGCAUAGCGUGGACGACUUCUACCAGAUACUCACCGACUUUAUUGGUGAGUCUAUUGUCCAAAAGGACCGAGAGGCCAUGGAAAAUGGCCAUCUGAUCGUGCCACUGGAGGACUGCUUUGCCAAGUACGGCCUGAGGCUUGUGAGGAAAGAUGCCGAGCAAUUUGAGCCUGGCUUUGACCUAAAAUCCUUGCGCAACCUGAAGAUUACUGGCCGGCAAAGCACUUGGUAUGGAAUGCGCGCUGUGCAACAAGUCCUUCAUCGGAGUGCAAAGGCGAUAAGCCCAUCCGAAUUCUACGAUGCCGUUCGCGAAGCCUGCAAGCCUCGGUUUUCCGAGGCGAGGGUGGUUAGAAACCAUCGCCCAGUCGCUCUUGGUAUAAGCGGUGGUGUCGAUUCCAUGGCAUUGGCCUUUCUCUGCUCCCAGCUACGCAAAAAAAGGACAGAGCUCAUGAUCGCCGACAACCGCCUCCAGACCUUUCGAGGUUUCGUCGUCGACCACAUGCUCCGCGAGGGCUCAUAUGAAGAGGCCUUCAAUGUAUCCAGAGCAGUUCGGAAGCUAGGGGUGACUUGUGAAGUCCAUCAAGCGAGUUGGACGAGAGAGCUCGGCCCCGAUGUCGACCGCAACAACCUCCCGAACCUCGAGAGUGCAGCUCGCAGAGUCCGUUACCGAAGGCUAGGCAGACUCUGUGCUUACCGCCAUAUUUCAUCGCUGAUGCUUGCACAUCAUGAAGACGACCAGUAUGAGACGGUCCUCAUGCGCUUGAUGGCUGGGCACCGCAACCGGGCCCUGCGGGGCAUGCGAAAGGCGGCCGCCAUUCCAGAGUGCGAGGGUCUUCACGGCGCCUUUGACAGUGGAUGGGUUGAUGAUCAAAGGCGUCAACGGCCCAACAAUCAACUCACCAGAAUCCAGCGAAAGUACCUAAUGCACGACCUCCAGUUGAGCAUCGGUUCGCUCGAGGAUACGGAAGCAUUUAGUAGUCAGCAACUGGACAACCUCCUCUUGGACGACGACCUUCCUGGUAUGGAUGACUGGUCAUUCGGGUCAAUGCCUGUUGAAGAUGGCGGCGUUAGCGUAUACCGGCCGCUGCUAGAGUUCAGCAAGGAUAGACUUAUAGCGACCUGCCUUGAAAACGAUGUGCCGUGGUUCGAAGAUCAUACCAACAAGGACCCGACUCUGACCACGAGGAACUCUAUUCGACACAUGUAUAGAUCUUGCGAGUUGCCGCGGGCUCUACAGAAGCCCAGAAUCAUUGCACUGUCGAAAGAAUGGCAGCGUCGAGCCGCAGCUCAAGAUGCCGAGGCAAAGCGACUCGUGCAGCGAAUGACUUUACACAAUUUCGAACCUCAUGCCGGGACAUUAGUGGUUCAAUUUCCAAAAUUGUCCGUGUCGAGACCAAGCAGAUAUUCGCGCACCACGGAACGUUACCAGCGCCGACGCUCCUACAUGCGGCUGAUGGCGGCUCUGGCUAUACAGCGAGUGAUUGCCCUUGUCUCUCCCGAGUUACAGGCCCCUCCGGUUGCAAAUUUGCAAAAUGUUGUUUCUCGUCUCUUUCCAGCGCUAUCAGAGGCUAAUGGCAAGAAUGAUUCUGCCCCAAAGGGCUUCAAUAUCGCCGGAUUACAUUUCAUGCCCAUAGAGUCCACGCCGCAGACUGUGAAUCGUCGAGGGCAAUCCCAUCAACGCACGUGGUACAUAUCGCGCCAGCCUUACCCGGCCAGUAUGCCGCUUCCACAAUUGCGGGUAUCCUACUGGUCGGCGGGAAGACCCGGUAAGCGCUGGGCCCGUCGCGACCACUGGAGGUGGUCAACAUGGCUGCCGUGGUACUUUUGGGACAAUCGCUACUGGAUACGUCUGACUCACCGUCUGCCGUACCGUGUCGUCGUCAUGCCAUUUUUGAUUGAGCAUGCCAAGCAGUUUCGCGAGUCUUUGAGCCCGCAAAAUCGUGACAGAUUAGCUUCGGUUCUCAAGGAAAUUGCGCCUGGAAAGGUUCGAUAUACCCUACCCGCCAUAUACUCGGAGGAGUAUCUAGACCUGGACAACAUUGUUCCGAGAAAGGGGUAUCCUGUGCCCGAAGGUCAGUAUACGGAAGGGGUUCGUCUCCCAAAAAGAGAGCGAUCCAAGCCCCAACCGCUCGCGCCAGUCGAUCCCUCAAAAAUGAGGCUCUUGGCCCUUCCCACGCUGGACGUUCAGAUACCUGGGCUUGAGAAAUGGUUGUUGUACGAAACUCGUCACCAGCGAGCAGAUCGCAACACUCUUCGUGCCAUGGCAGACUACAGUAAAGGCUCUUUUAGUUCUUCGAGAACAUUCCAGGCUGGAAAGAUGAGCUCAAGCAAGAGGAGACGCAGGUCUUGA